UUACACUAAUUAGUUUAGUUGAGUAGAGGUGAAAUAGUUUUGUCUAAAGUUAGAUAAAAUAAAUCAAGUUAAGUUUAUUAAUUACGGUAAUUUAUUCUUAUUUGCAAUUUAUGUUGCUUUAUUGAAUUGAGUUCAUCUCUGGUAAAUAAAAGAAGGAUGAAAAAGGAGGCGUUGGCGGUGGAGAUGGCCGUCUAAGGCGCCAGAUUAAGGUUCUGGUGGAGUCCAAGCACAGUCCUGGUCAAGGUUAGAAAAAUGAGACGAGCAACUAACUAACAUGUUGCGGCCUCCAUGCAAGACCGUUAGGUUAAUACCUGCAAUUCAAAACAUUACACUUCCCGGGAAAAAGUACAUUUCACAAGAAAAAAGCAACUUUGUCCAAACCAACUAAAUCCAAAUCCAUGGAGGAGGGAGGUCUUGUAGUUACAUUUCAUAUGCUCAGGAAUGGUUAUGCUUCUCCAUCUUCAUCAUCACCCCCAACACCACCUUCACCCCUUCCUAUAAGUGUAGGACCCGGCAAUCAAAAAUACUACUUCACGCCGUCUCCGUCUCCGUCUCCAUCCCCGCCCUUUUCACAGCCUCCUUCCAGCCACACAUCGGCUGAUCAAAAUCUUCCCCUUUUAUCUGAAGACUUGGUUCCCCAGGUGCCAUCAGCAUUUUCUUUGGACCGUCCGCACCACAAUGAAUUGGAUUCUAAGAGUUCUUGCCUUCAAGACUUGCUUGAAUGGUUUAUACAGAAAUGCUGCAAUUGCUGUUCCAAGUCUCUCUGAAUCCGUCGUCAAACACUGGAAAUUCCCUAAGAUUGUCAGGCACUCAUUUCUACUAACAAAUUUGCUGACUCCAUUCAAGUCCUAAAAUGUCAUCCGAGAGGGAAAUACAGGUGCAGAAACGAACCAUUGUAACUAAAACUUUGCAACACAGCGUUGUUUUCGCAGCUUUCAUCCCUUUGAUCAAGCAUAUGUCCUCUUGUCCAUCUCUGUAACUUUCUGAUUCAUAAGUUGGCUCUUUUAUCUUUUAUUUUUAA